AUCUAAUCAAAGAUGGCCGAGGAGGAUGGCCAAGGGACACCAAAAACGUCCAAGAAAGCAAAGAGGGAGCCACUACGAAGACCGCGUGGGAAGAGGGGAGGAAUAAAGAAUCGUAAAGACAAGUCGAGCACUUCGGCAAAGGUCACUGGCGAAAAGCCAACGAAAGCGAAGACGACGGCAAUGCAUGCGACUCAAAUUGCACUGUUUCAUACACUUGAAAAGAAGUUGGCUCAAACGCAAGACGAAAAGGAAAGAGCUGUCAUCUUGCAACAGCAGGAAGCGUUAGGUGGCUUGCAGGCUUAUCAAGAUGCUAGCUUGUUCGGAGGCGAUAAGCAGAGAGGAGGGGAAACUGGGAAAUGGUGUGCUCAACAAUUGAUGGAGAUCAGAGGGAAAGAAAAGCUACGGCUUUUGGACGUUGGUGCACUUUCAGGAACGGCGUACGAUAAGUACGAUUGGAUUGAUACGAUCAGCAUCGACAUAAAUCCACGCAACGAUCAUGUCUUGCGGUAUGAUUUUUUCGAUUAUCCGACACCCACCAAAAGCAACGGCGAAAAUUUUGACGUUGUUGCAUUAAGCUUAGUGGUGAACUUCGUUGGUGAUCUAGCAGACCGAGGAAGAAUGUUAUUGCAUGCACACAAGUACCUACCUGACGAUAAAAGAGGGCUCUUGUUCCUGGUCUUGCCGCUGGCAUGCGUGCAAAACAGUCGAUAUUGCGAUCAUGCCAGACUUCGUGCAAUUCUCGCUUCGUGUGGAUGGGGAAACGUCGUUCGACAGCAUGAUUCUGCAAGGCUAACGCAUUGGCUAUGCGAAGAAACAUCGAAAAAAUGGGAUGGAAAAGUAUGGAAAAAGGAGGAAAUCAAAAAAGGAGUAUCCUUGAACAACUUUUGCAUCAUCGUUCGAUAAACAUAUAUCGCAAUCUUCAUGAAAGACAGAAUGCCAGACCGAAAGGAGCCUGCAUCAGGCUCACACAUUGAAACAAAGGAGGUGUACAACCUACUUCUAGCACAAAGGCGUGCGAAAGGAUUUGGUUUCUUGCUUGAAGCAAACAUUGCAAGAGAGUACUUGAAUUAUGAAAUACCAAUGAAGGUUUGGACCAAAUUGCAUGAGCAAUACUGUAUUUGUAAGAAUGUUAUGUAUUAUACAGAUUGUGUACUUUAUUGUGCUACCGGUCGCCAAUGUCGAAAUACAACUCUGCAAAACAGUGCCAAAAGCAAGCAGAUGAAAGUACAAAUGCGCUUAGACAGCAGGAUGACGAUAUCAAAGCCGGGUAUGAGCUUUCC